CAGUUUUGGUAGUGCUGGCCACCUGCGUGGUUCAAUUCAAAGAUAGUUUGGCUAUUAGAUAAGCACUUCUUAUCGGCUUUAAUGCCUUUCAAAUUACAAGUAUAAAACGAGCAUUGAACACCCGAUUAUAGUUCAGUCUAUCCUCAGUUGGUAUCGAGUAGUUAACAUUGUUGAUCGGACACCAGUAAUCAUGAUGAAACUAGUGUUGCUCCUUGCCCUCAUUCCGGUCGUCUUACUGCAGAAUGCUGACAAUGUGGAUCACCAAAGUUGGGACCGAGUUGCGUUUCGCCCAUGCGCCGGUGUUCGGCCCGUACCUCGAGAGCUUCGUUUGAAGGACUGCCCGAGUAUGCCAUGCUUAUUACCGAGAGGUACUGAGGCAAAAAUGGCCAUGGAUUUCACUUCGGUUCAGGAAGCCACGAGUCUGCACACCACUGUUACCGCAACAGCAUUGGGUGUAACUGCACCCUAUGAGCUGCCAGCUGAUCGUGCAGUUGCUUGCAACUGGCUAGUGCAAUCCCGUUGCCCAACAAGCACCGGAGAGGAUUUGACCUACCACCUGAGCAUGCCGAUCACUGCUAUCUACCCGUUAGUUAGCGUGACCAUCGAAAUCGAUGUCGUGGAUCAAACGCAACAGUCACAUGGAUGUUUUGUCAUUGAUGCUCGCGUUGUUCCCAGCUAAAGAUGCAUUUCAAGCGCGUUAUACAAUUCUGUUUAUUUGUUAAGAAAGAAAUAUUAAUAAUUGAUUGAAAAAGUUUAAUGUGUACAUAAAACUUGUGUCUACGUUUGACAUUUUCUACGAAUAACUUCCACGUUCAAUGCAAAUAAGUUACAAUAGCACUUGAGAUUAAAACAUUGAGGUUUAUCAAUACGGAAAUAACCCUUAUCAUUAGCUCAGCAUGCAAGCACUGAAAUACCUACAUAUCCCACAUUAUUGUAUGCCCCAGUUUUUUUUUCCUAUUUCAAUCUCGUACCGGGGAACAAGUGCCAAAGCAAAUCUGCCGUUCGAAGCUGAGUCCGAUCACGAAGAACAACUCCAACCGUGUCAUGCAAAUGAUUCCCAAAUGCGGGUUAUUAAAUUCUUCCUUCCCUCUUAUGAAUAUUUGCCGAACAGUAAAACGAAUGGAACUCUCCUCGAUUGCCCUAACGUGCUGCUGCUGCUGCUGCUGCCUAUUGGAAGUAUGGGAAGACUGUUGACUCUUCGCUAGAGAAGAUUGGUGCUUCUCCCGAAGCAUGAAUUCCAUGUCUCAUGUUCUAUCUACUGCGGACGGCGGACGGAUUGCUGCUUCCCGGUCUGUUAUUGGAGGUCCUCUCGGCGCAUAAGCACUACACAGCAUAUGUAUGUAAGCUACCGGGUGCUACGAGUCUCUGUCUGUUCCCAUUACUCUUCACUGUACAAUUUAAUAAAAUGUGCCUUAAUGUGCCUCCUUCGACUCGACAAAAAACGAUGAAACGCGACCAAUGGAACAAUGACAAGGUUAUGAAAUUCCCGUCGCUGGUCGUACCGCCGCACCGCCACCAGCAACAUCAGAAGGAGCAGCCGGUCGUCGUCAUCAUCCCGUGUGGUAGCCUACACGCGUCUGCUUUGAGCCAAAGAAUGACUGGUCUGAGAGAACAUUUUCGCCGUUUCUGAUACAUCAUUAUGAUUUAGCAAUUUUUCUCCAGCUGCCCUCGGCAUAGUUAAUGUCUUCUUUUAAUGGUCUCGGUUUUCGCUGUCUCUACCUGUGGUGGCUGUUAGGCCCUCGAGCAGAUAAGAGAUCCAUUUCUUAAACGUCAUAAUAUUUGCUUAAUUGAUUCUAGUGCUUUCGUUCAUUGUUCGGGGAUUAUUUCUUGCUGCUGCAGAAUGGAACUGGGGUUGAAUGCUCAGUUCGGUCUCUUUGAAUAGUGUUCACGAGUUUUGCGAUGUUUGUUGAGAAAACAUUCAAAGUUUUGUUGGUGUACCGCUUUUGACGGAAAUGUUAUGAGAAUUACUGAGUUUUUUAUGCUACAAAAUUGUGAGUCAA